CUGAUCCCGCAGAUCUCUUCGCUCUCCUGGUUCACCACCAUCGUGCCUUUGGUUCUUGUCUUAACCAUCACCGCUGUCAAAGAUGCCACCGACGACUAUGACAUCAUCAAGUUGGAGAACAACCAGUUUGUGGCGGCUGACCUCCUCCUCCUCUCCAGCAGCGAACCCCAUGGGUUGUGCUACAUAGAGACCGCGGAGCUGGACGGAGAGACCAACAUGAAGGUGCGGCAGGCCAUCCCCGUCACCUCGGAGCUGGGUGACACCAGCAAGCUGGCUCGGUUUGACGGCGAGGUGAUCUGUGAACCCCCCAACAACAAGCUGGACAAGUUUGGUGGGAUGCUGUACUGGAAGGAGAGCAAGUACCCCCUGAGCAACCAGAACAUGCUGCUGCGGGGCUGCGUCCUGCGCAACACCGAGUGGUGCUUCGGCCUCGUCAUCUUCGCAGGGCCCGACACGAAACUGAUGCAGAACAGCGGCAGGACCAAGUUCAAGCGGACGAGCAUCGAUCGGCUGAUGAACACGCUGGUGCUCUGGAUUUUUGGGUUCCUGGUGUGCAUGGGGGUGAUCCUGGCCAUCGGCAACGCCAUCUGGGAGCACGAGGUGGGCGUCUGCUUCCAGAUCUACCUGCCCUGGGACGAGGGGGUGCACAGUGCCUUCUUCUCCGGCUUCCUCUCCUUCUGGUCCUACAUCAUCAUCCUCAACACUGUGGUGCCCAUCUCGCUCUACGUGAGCGUGGAGGUGAUCCGUCUCGGGCACAGCUACUUCAUCAACUGGGACAAGAAGAUGUACUGUGCCAAGCGCCGGACGCCAGCCGAGGCCCGGACCACCACCCUCAAUGAGGAACUGGGGCAGGGGGAGUACAUCUUCUCUGACAAGACCGGCACCCUCACCCAGAACAUCAUGGUCUUCAGCAAGUGUUCCGUGAACGGGCACAGCUACGGUGACGUGCAGGACGUGCUGGGUCACAAAGCGGAGCUGGGAGAGAGGCCGGAGCCAGUCGACUUCUCCUUCAACCCGCUGGCGGACCCACGGUUCCAAUUCUGGGACCCCAGCUUGCUGGAAGCCGUCAAGCUGGGAGACCCCCACGUGCACGAGUUCUUCCGCCUGCUCUCGCUCUGCCACACCGUCACGUCUGAGGAGAAGAGCGAAGGGGAGCUGUAUUACAAGGCUCAGUCCCCAGACGAGGGAGCGCUGGUCACGGCUGCCAGGAACUUCGGCUUCGUGUUUCGGUCCCGCACGCCCAAGACCAUCACAGUGCAUGAGCUGGGUCGAGCCAUCACCUACCAGCUGCUGGCCAUCCUGGACUUCAACAACAUCCGCAAGCGCAUGUCUGUCAUCGUCCGCAGCCCCGAGGGGAAGAUCCGGCUGUACUGCAAAGGUGCCGACACCAUCCUGCUGGAGCGCCUGUACCCCAUCAACCAGGACCUGACCAACGUCACCACCGACCACCUCAAUGAAUAUGCUGGCGAGGGGCUGCGGACGCUGGUGCUGGCCUACAAAGACCUGGAGGAGAGCUACUAUGAGGACUGGUCCGAGCGGCUGCACCUGCUUGGAGCCACAGCCAUUGAGGACAAACUGCAGCAGGGGGUCCCCGAAACCAUCGCCAUCCUGACGCUGGCCAACAUCAAAAUCUGGGUGCUGACGGGGGACAAACAGGAAACGGCUGUGAACAUUGGCUACUCCUGCAAGAUGCUGACGGACGACAUGACGGAGGUGUUUGUGGUGACGGGCCACACUGUGCUGGAGGUGCGAGAGGAGCUCAGGAAAGCCCGGGAGAAGAUGAUGGAUGCGUCACGCUCCAUGGGCAACGGUUUCUCCUACCAGGAGAAACUCUCCUCCUCCAAGCUCACCUCUGUGCUGGAAGCCAUUGCAGGCGAAUACGCCCUGGUCAUCAAUGGGCACAGCCUGGCCCAUGCGCUGGAGGCUGACAUGGAGGUGGAAUUCCUGGAGACAGCGUGUGCCUGCAAGGCUGUCAUCUGCUGCCGCGUCACGCCCUUGCAGAAAGCCCAGGUGGUGGAGCUGGUGAAGAAGUACAAGAAAGCUGUGACCUUGGCCAUUGGGGAUGGGGCCAACGAUGUCAGCAUGAUCAAGACCGCCCACAUCGGGGUGGGAAUCAGUGGGCAGGAGGGCAUCCAGGCGGUGCUGGCCUCCGACUACUCCUUCUCCCAGUUCAAGUUCCUGCAGCGCCUGCUCCUGGUGCACGGGCGCUGGUCCUACCUACGCAUGUGCAAGUUCCUCUGCUACUUCUUCUACAAGAACUUCGCCUUCACCAUGGUCCACUUCUGGUUUGGCUUUUUCUGUGGCUUCUCGGCGCAGACCGUCUACGACCAGUAUUUCAUCACGCUGUACAACAUUGUCUACACAUCGCUGCCCGUGCUCGCCAUGGGCGUCUUCGACCAGGACGUGCCGGAGCAGCGGAGCAUGGAGUACCCCAAGCUCUACGAGCCCGGGCAGCUGAACCUGCUCUUCAACAAGCGGGAGUUCUUCAUCUGCAUCGCCCAGGGUAUCUACACUUCCGUCCUCAUGUUCUUCAUCCCCUACGGCGUUUUCGCUGACGCCACCCGCGACGACGGCGCCCAGCUAGCCGACUACCAGUCCUUCGCCGUCACCGUCGCCACCUCCCUCGUGAUUGUCGUCAGCGUGCUGAGGUUUGGAGGAGUCUGA